AUGGAUCUUUCCAUCUCCUUCAGCACCUCAUCUUCCUGCCCUCACUUGUAUCCUUCAUCCACUACUUUCCUCGGCAACGACUCCCUCACGAACAUCUCCGAGAUCAACCACGUGAUCCUGCGUCAUUACAACCACACGGGCCGUCUGAGGAACAGAACGGUUUCAAACUCUCAGAACGUCAGCGUCACCAUGAUCGUCUUCCUCAUUGUAAGCAUUCUCAUCAUCCUGGAGAAUUCCCUGGUGUUGGUGGCUGUCAUUUCUCGCAUCUGCCGCAGUUGGCGUUGGGUGUACGUGUGCAUCGCCAACAUCACCCUCAGUGACCUCCUAACCGGUGUGGCCUACCUGGUCAACAUCUGCUUGUCGGGUAGUCGGACUUUCCAGUUGACGCCUGCGCUUUGGCUUUUCCGUGAGGGCUUGCUGUUUGUCGCCCUGGCCGCAUCGAUUUUUAGUUUGUUAUUAAUUGCAGUGGAGCGUUACGUGACGAUAAUGACCCCACUGCCUCAGAAGUCAACCAGGAGCACCUACUACAGGAUUUACGGCCUGGUGGCCCUCUGCUGGGUUUUGGCUCUGGUGAUUGGCUUCCUUCCCUUAUUGGGCUGGAAUUGUGUGUGCAGUCUAGAUGGAUGCUCCACCCUCCUCCCACUCUACUCCAAGACCUACAUCUUGUUCUCCCUCAUCAUCUUCAUCAUCAUCCUCCUGGCUAUCGGCAUGCUCUACGGCGCCAUCUACAGUCACGUACACAAGAGCGCGCAGCAGCGAUGCCGUAAGCGCUCCCUGGCUCUGCUCAAAACAGUCAUCACCAUCGUGGGGGUCUUCAUGCUCUGCUGGGGGCCGCUAUUCCUGCUGCUGCUGGUGGACUUCUUCUGCAAGUCCCGGCAGUGCGCGCCGCUCUUCAGCGCCGAUGUCUUCAUCUCCCUAGCCGUCCUCAAUUCAGGCCUCAAUCCUAUCAUCUACGCGCUGGGCAGCGGCGAGAUGAGGAGAGCAAUGGCUAAGCUCCUGUGUCACUGCUGCUUGAAGGCCGGCCUGUGUCGCCCCGAGCAGUUGACCUCCAAGGAGACCAGCAGCACCUCGGAGAGCAGGCAGGAUAACCUAAGGAACAAUUUGAACAAGAUCAGGAACCUGAGCACCGCCUCGCCUCCGCUAACUCUGAAAAAGUCUCGUAAGGCGUCGAAGAAAUGGAGGUUGAACUCCACCAGCAGCUGCCUUUCAGUUUCGAGUGGUUAGACCACAAUGUGUGCCCCUCCCAUGUAAACAGGACCUGAGAGAGGUGCUACACCUAAGUAGUAACUAUUUCCUCAGAUUUUUUUCAGGCUUUUAAUUAGAUCUGUAUAUUUUCCUAUGUUUUAUAAGAGAAUAAUAUUUUUAUAUCUUCAUGUAUGUACAAAAACAUGCUGUAUUUGCAUUUUUUUUUUUUGGCUUCAAAGUUAAUAAAUAUUCCACAAUA